AUUGAGGACUCAGAAGUAUCCUUUGACUACAAAAUUAAUUCUUCUGCUCAAUUUUAUGCUUCUCCAUUUGGUUUAACUUCAAUUUGGUUCAAUAUACCUGAUAACAAUUUCAUUGGCAUAGGUGCAACUUUGACAAGAUUUACUGGCUCCAUUAGUGGUGAUUUAUUUUACAAUGAUAUAUCCUCUUUCCAAUCAAAACACUAUAAACUAUGCGCCACAAGAGAUGAAAAUGAUGAUUUAAGAAUUGAUUUUUUCAAAAUCUCUUCUUUUAAAACUAAUGAUGAUUCAAACGUCGCUUCCCCUGUUUCUUUACGUCCCUCUCCUCCU